UUCAUGUGUCUGAAGUAGUUCUGUCUCACUUCCAAAAAGACUAGUUUUGGAAAUUUAAACUAACUGCUGGAAUGCUUUUAUUUAGUCUAGGUAAAUCUUCCCUAAAUUUACCAUAUCUGUCAGGUGCCCUCUCAACUCUCUUCGCCCCUGCUUCAAUCUCCGUUACCUGUCUAUUUAUCAAUUUAGUUGAGCACUUGAGCGCGAUUGCAGAAGCCCUGAUCCCAAAUAUAUUCCGUCUUUUAAGAAUAAAGAAACUUCAAUUUGCAGUUUCGGGAAAAGAAAAGCCAAAUGGAAGCAGAGAUUAAAGAAUUACUUAGUCAUCUUGAAACGCUCAAAAAAGGAAUGUUAGCUGAUUCCUAUCAGCUCCAGUUGGUUGAUAAGAUUCGUUUGUGUGCUGAGCAUGCCCUAACAAAGUCAGGACCUCUAAGACGCUCCAAAGUGAAGGAUAUGAGCUCUGAGGUGGUUGAUAGCAAUCCAUAUAGCAGACUUAUGGCACUCCAGAGGAUGGGGAUUGUGGAGAACUAUGAAAGGAUAAGGGGUUUUUCUGUUGCUAUAGUUGGCAUAGGUGGUGUAGGUAGCGUUGCAGCUGAGAUGCUAACAAGAUGUGGCAUUGGUCGACUUUUAUUGUAUGAUUAUGACAAAGUGGAGUUAGCUAACAUGAAUAGGCUAUUUUUUCGCCCCGAGCAGGUUGGUAUGACAAAGACAGAUGCUGCUGUUCAGACCCUAGCUGAAAUAAAUCCUGAUGUUGUUCUUGAGAGUUAUACACUUAAUAUCACAACAGUUGAUGGUUUUGAGACGUUCAUGUCAAGCCUCCAGAACAAAUCAUUCUGUCUAAAUAAAGAAGGUACCGGGGUAGAUCUUGUAUUGAGCUGUGUAGAUAACUACGAAGCAAGGAUGGUCGUAAAUCAGGCAUGCAAUGAAUUAAACCAGAUUUGGAUGGAAUCUGGUGUAUCUGAAAAUGCUGUCUCAGGUCACAUACAAUUAUUAAUUCCUGGUGAAACUGCUUGCUUUGCUUGUGUGCCUCCGUUGGUAGUAGCAUCCGGAAUUGAUGAACGCACCCUUAAGCGUGAAGGAGUAUGUGCUGCCUCUUUGCCAACAACCAUGGGAGUCAUUGCUGGACUCUUGGUUCAGAACACACUGAAGUACUUGUUAAAGUUUGGACAGGUGUCCCCAUAUCUGGGAUACAAUGCCCUGAAAGAUUAUUUUCCAACAAUGGAGAUGAAACCAAAUGUUCAGUGCUCAAAUGCAGCUUGCUUGGAGCGACAAAGGGAGUUCAUUCUUGCUAAGCCUGCCAGGGAUGCUGCUACAAAAGCAAUGAUGGAGGAGGAAGCAUCAAAAGUAGCAGACUGCCCCCCCAUUCAUGCUGAUAAUGAAUGGAACAUAAGUGUACAGGGUGACAGUGAGCUAGAUACUGCAAAAGCCCAAAGUUCAGGUCUUCUCCCAGAAGGCCUUGUUCAUGAGCUGCCAUCUGCAGAUGAAUUUCGUACAGAUCCUGCUUCGGAGACCACUUGCACCGGUGAUGACCUUGACGAACUUAGAAAGCAACUUGAUGCUCUCAAUGCCAACAACUAAUCUCACACUCAGCUUCUGCGAGUUUUGAAAGGUUCUAAAAGCCCCUUUUCAUUUGAUUUCAUGUAUACACUUCUUGGGUAUUGAGGAAGUAGAAAGACAAGGGAGGAACAUAACUUCCAUUCUUCUUGGGUAUUGAGGAAGUAGAAAGACAAGGGAGGAACAUAACUUCCCUUUGUUAGUGACUUGUCGUUUGGCAAGGAAAGAACUGGACUGAAUAUUCAAAAGCAUGUGUUGAUUCUUUGCCUUUUAUCUUAAUCAGACUAAAGAAAAAAAUUUCAACGGUCCUGAAUGUUAUCUAUUACCCCGUUCUAUUGGACAUUGUCAACUUUGUGUUUAGUGUGAAACAAGAAAUGUAAAAAAUGUGUGGUGAGAGUUUGUUAACAUGAGAG